AAAUUUAAGCUGCCCCCCUCCCUUUUAAAUUAUACAGCAUCUUGAUCUUCUUUUCUUCUUUUCCUUUCUUUUCCUUUACUUUCUUGUUUAAAGAUGAACUAUUCAAGUGGCUGCUACUAUCCUAUUUACGGUAGAAAUAACAUGAUUCGUAGAAAUAAUAAACCACCUUCCGCAUUAUUUGAAUCAAUGGAAAAAUUAAUUCAUACAUGCCAUCAUUUAGCAUAUACCUUGGAAACUACUUUAGUUGCUACUCACUCUGGGAUAAACGCUAUCUUACAACUAACAAAUCGUUGUCAUUCAUUGGCUCAUAUUUUUGGAUUAUUUUCAUUUUUACGAUGGAUAAAACAGAGAUUAUUAUCAUUACAAAAUGGGGGAAAAGUACAUAGAACUUCAUUAUUUUCAAUACAAGAAUUUCAAAAAUAUCAACAUAAUACAUCAUCAACAACAAAAGUAUCCUUUGUGUUAUUUAUUGUAUUAACCCUAGCACCCUUCGCCCUUCAUCUAAUCUCAACAUAUCAACAAAAAAUGGAAAAAAAAGAAGAGAGAAAAAAGAAAAUUCGUGGAAAAUCUGUCAAAAUAGAUCCUAAAAAAUUAGACUUUGCCCGGGCUUUAUAUCCUUUUCGUGCAGAAUCACAAAAUGAAUUAAGUUUACAGCCUAAUGAUUUAAUCGCUAUUCUUUCUAAAGAGGAUCCUCAUUGGUGGCGAGGUAGAUUAAAGAAUGGUAGAAUGGGCUACUUUCCUGCAAAUCAUGUUGAAAUAAUUGUAAAACAUGCUACUGUCCCUUCAUCAACCAUAAAUCGAAAAGAAAUAGUAGUAGCGCCUUCAGCCUAAACAUAGCAUUUAAUAGAAUAGAAUAGAAUAGAAUAGAAUAGAAUAGAAUAUUUGUAUCAUAUUUAUAUAUUUCAUCAUAUUCCCCUCCAUACACACACAUACACAUACAUACACAUACACAUACACACACAUACACACACAUACACACA